GAAAUGUCAUCGGCCGUGGUCCUGGCAACCGCAGGCUACGAUCAUAAGAUCCGAUUCUGGGAGGCUCCUACGGGUGUCUGUGCCCGCUCUAUUCGUUAUCCCGACUCGCAGGUCAAUUGCCUUCAA